CAAACUCCAAUAAAACAACACGUAUUUACAAAAAAAUUAUCUUUAGAGAGAAAAUAUUUUCUGACAAUUUUGUUGAUUGAUAUUAAUAGAAGAAAGAACAUGUUCUCGAAGAAAAACUCGUUCGGCCGAUCUGAUUUCCCAGAGGGUUUCCUCUUUGGUACGGCUUCAUCGGCUUACCAAUAUGAAGGAGCCAUAAACGAAGCUCCUCGAGGAGAGAGUGUUUGGGACACAUUUGUUCGCAAAUAUCCAGAGAGAAAUUGCUACUCUAACGCAGAUCAAGCAAUCGAGUUCUAUAAGCAUUACAAGGAAGAUAUCCAAAGAAUGAAGGAUAUUAACAUGGAUGCUUUCAGAUUCUCUAUCUCUUGGCCUCGGAUUUUUCCUCUUGGAAAGAAAAGCAAAGGAGUGAACAAAGAAGGAAUCAAAUUCUAUAACGAUCUCAUCGAUGAACUCCUCGCUAACGGAAUAACACCUCUCGCCACUUUAUUUCAUUGGGAUACUCCUCAAGCACUUGAAGAUGAAUACAAUGGAUUCCUAAGCGAAGAAGCUGUUGAUGACUUCAAAGAUUUUGCAGCCUUAUGUUUCGAAGAGUUUGGCGACCGUGUAAAAUUGUGGGUCACACUAAACGAACCAUGGGUGUAUAGUAUUGGUGGUUAUGACACGGGAAGAAAAGCGCCCGGACGUGCCUCCAAAUACAUGAACGAAACAGCCGUGGCCGGAGAAUCUGGUCUCGAGGUUUACACUGUUAGUCACAAUCUACUUCUGGCUCACGCCGAAGCCGUUGAAGUCUUCAGGAACAAUCCCAAAUGUAAAGAUGGCAAGAUCGGUAUCGCUCAUUGUCCCGUAUGGUUCGAGCCUUAUGACUCGAACUGCCCUAAAGAUAAAGAAGCAUGCGAACGAGCUAUGGAGUUUAUGUUUGGCUGGCACAUGGAUCCUACGGUGUAUGGAGAUUACCCUGAAGUCAUGAAAAAAUCGAUCGGAAAAAGAUUACCAUCAUUUACCGCAGCACAAUCCAAGAAGCUUAUAGGAUCUUUUGAUUUCGUUGGGGUGAAUUAUUACAGUGCUUUCUACGUCAAAAAUAUUGAUGAAGUGAACCAUGACACUCCCAAUUGGAGAUCAGACGCACGCAUCGAAUGGAGAAAACAAAACAAAGCAGGACAGACAUUAGGUGUAAGAGGUGGUUCAGAAUGGGACUUUCUAUAUCCACAAGGACUUAGAAAGUUUCUAAACUAUGGCAAGAAUAAAUAUGAAAGUCCGAAAUUUAUGAUCACUGAAAACGGACACUGUGAUAUAGAUUACGAGAAAAAGCCUAAACUUUCUAACUUGAUGGAUCUCCAAAGGACAGAGUACCACAAGAAACAUCUCCAAAGCAUCCAACAAGCCAUCCAGGAGGAUGGCGUUGUAGUUGAAGGAUACUUUACGUGGUCGUUACUAGACAAUUGUGAAUGGAACGCCGGUUAUGGAGUCCGAUACGGACUAUUCUACGUCGAUUACAACAACGGGCUAAAACGAUUCCCGAAAAUGUCAGCAAUGUGGUUCAAAGAGUUCUUGAAGAGAGAAGAAGAAAUUGAAGAUUCAGAAGAAGAGUACGUGUUGAAGUCAACAAUGAACAAGAAGAGAUUCUUAUUAGCAACUGUUUCCGCCAAGAAGCAUUCCACAAGGCCUAGAUUAAGAAGAAAUGAUUUCCCACAAGAUUUCAUUUUUGGAUCUGCAACUUCUGCUUAUCAGUGUGAAGGUGCUGCACAUGAAGAUGGUAGAGGUCCAAGUAUCUGGGACUCCUUCUCUGAAAAUUUCCCAGAAAAGAUAAUGGAUGGUAGUAAUGGGUCCAUUGCAGAUGAUUCCUACAACCUUUACAAGGAAGAUGUGAAUUUGCUGCAUCAAAUUGGCUUUGAUGCUUACCGGUUCUCGAUCUCAUGGUCACGGAUUUUGCCUCGUGGGACUAUAAAGGGAGGAAUCAACCAGGCUGGAAUUGACUAUUACAACAACUUGAUUAAUCAACUUCUGUCUAAAGGAGUGAAGCCAUUUGUCACACUCUUUCACUGGGACUUACCAGAGGCACUCGAAGACGCUUACGGUGGCUUCCUUGGAGAUGAAAUUGUGAAUGAUUUCCGAGACUAUGCAGAACUUUGUUUCCAGAAGUUUGGAGAUAGAGUGAAGCAGUGGACAACACUAAACGAGCCAUUUACAGUAGUACAUGAAGCCACCGAGCCUUACAUCGUCGGCCAUAACCUCCUCCUUGCUCAUGGAGUUGCCGUCAAAGUCUACAGAGAAAAGUACCAGGCAACUCAAAAAGGUGAAAUUGGUAUCGCCUUAAAUACAGUAUGGCACUACCCUUAUUCAGAGUCAUAUGCUGACCGGUUGGCUGCUGCUCGAGCCACGGCGUUCACCUUUGACUACUUCAUGGAGCCAAUCGUCUAUGGUAGAUAUCCAAUCGAAAUGGUCAGCCACGUAAAAGAUGGUCGUCUUCCUACAUUCACGCCAGAAGAGUCCGAAAUGCUCAAAGGAUCAUACGAUUUCAUAGGUAUAAACUAUUACUCAUCUUUUUAUGCUAAAGACGCGCCGUGCGCAACUGAAAACAUCACCAUGUCAACCGAUUCUUGCGUCAGCAUCGUAGGUGAGCGAAAUGGAGUGCCUAUCGGUCCAACGGCUGGAUCGGAUUGGCUUUUGAUUUAUCCCAAGGGUAUUCGUGAUCUCCUAUUACAUGCAAAAUUCAGAUACAAUGAUCCCGUCUUGUAUAUAACAGAAAAUGGAGUGGAUGAAGCAAAUAUUGGCAAAGUAUUUCUUAACGACGAUUUGAGAAUUGAUUACUAUGCUCACCACCUUAAGAUGGUUAGCGAUGCUAUCUCGAUCGGGGUGAAUGUGAAAGGAUAUUUCGCGUGGUCAUUGAUGGAUAAUUUCGAAUGGUCCGAAGGAUACACGGUCCGGUUCGGACUAGUGUUUGUGGACUUUGAAGAUGGACGUAAGAGGUAUCUGAAGAAAUCAGCUAAGUGGUUUAGGAAGUUGUUGAAGGGAGGGCAUAAUGGGACGAAUCAGCAGGUGGCUGUUAUUUAAUAAAUCACGAGCCAUUUGAUUUAUUGAAUAUACUAUUUGUUGUCUAUUUACAACACGUACUGUUUCUUUUGCGAUGUACAUAAAAUAAACUUUUAAAAAUAAG